GGGAGUGCGGGGCCGGGCGGCGGCGGCAUGAGCCGGCCCCCGGCGACGGGGAAAAUGCCCGGCGCCCCCGAGGCCGUGUCGGGGGACGGGGCGGGCGCGAGCCGCCAGAGGAAGCUGGAGGCGCUGAUCCGAGACCCUCGCUCGCCCAUCAACGUGGAGAGCUUGCUGGAUGGCUUAAAUUCCUUGGUCCUUGAUUUGGAUUUUCCUGCUUUGAGGAAAAACAAGAAUAUAGAUAAUUUCUUAAAUAGAUAUGAGAAAAUUGUGAAAAAAAUCAGAGGUCUACAGAUGAAGGCAGAAGACUAUGAUGUUGUAAAAGUGAUCGGGAGAGGUGCUUUUGGUGAAGUGCAGCUGGUUCGUCAUAAGGCAUCACAGAAGGUUUAUGCUAUGAAGCUUCUUAGUAAGUUUGAAAUGAUAAAAAGAUCAGAUUCUGCUUUUUUCUGGGAAGAGAGAGAUAUUAUGGCCUUUGCCAACAGUCCCUGGGUGGUUCAGCUCUUUUGUGCUUUUCAAGAUGAUAAGUAUCUGUACAUGGUAAUGGAGUACAUGCCUGGUGGAGAUCUUGUAAACCUUAUGAGUAACUACGAUGUCCCUGAAAAGUGGGCCAAAUUUUAUACUGCUGAAGUUGUUCUUGCUCUGGAUGCCAUACACUCCAUGGGUCUCAUUCACAGAGAUGUAAAGCCUGACAACAUGCUCUUGGAUAAACAUGGACAUCUAAAGUUAGCAGAUUUUGGCACAUGUAUGAAGAUGGAUGAAACAGGCAUGGUGCAUUGUGAUACAGCAGUUGGAACACCUGAUUAUAUUUCACCUGAGGUUCUCAAAUCACAAGGGGGUGAUGGUUACUAUGGGCGAGAAUGUGAUUGGUGGUCUGUGGGUGUUUUCCUUUUUGAGAUGCUGGUGGGGGAUACUCCAUUUUAUGCAGAUUCACUUGUAGGAACAUAUAGCAAAAUUAUGGAUCAUAAAAACUCACUGUGUUUCCCAGAAGAUGCAGAAAUUUCUAAACAUGCGAAGAAUCUCAUCUGUGCCUUCUUAACAGAUAGGGAGGUACGACUUGGGAGAAAUGGGGUAGAAGAAAUCAAACAACAUCCUUUCUUUAAGAAUGAUCAGUGGAAUUGGGAUAACAUAAGAGAGACGGCAGCUCCUGUAGUACCUGAACUCAGCAGUGACAUAGACAGCAGCAACUUUGAUGACAUCGAAGAUGAUAAAGGAGAUGUAGAAACCUUCCCAAUUCCUAAAGCUUUUGUGGGAAAUCAGCUGCCUUUUAUAGGAUUUACCUACUAUAGAGAAAAUUUGUUAUUAAGUGACUCUCCAUCUUGCAGAGAAAAUGAUUCAAUACAGUCAAGGAAAAAUGAAGAAAGCCAAGAGAUUCAGAAAAAACUAUACACAUUAGAAGAACACCUUAGCACUGAGAUACAAGCCAAAGAAGAAUUAGAGCAGAAGUGCAAAUCUGUUAAUACUCGCCUUGAGAAGGUAGCAAAGGAGCUAGAAGAGGAGAUUACCUUAAGGAAAAAUGUGGAAUCAGCAUUAAGACAAUUAGAAAGAGAAAAGGCACUUCUUCAGCACAAAAAUGCAGAAUAUCAGCGGAAAGCUGAUCACGAAGCAGACAAGAAACGAAAUUUGGAAAACGAUGUUAACAGUUUAAAGGAUCAACUUGAAGAUUUGAAAAAAAGGAAUCAGAACUCUCAAAUAUCCACUGAGAAAGUAAAUCAACUCCAGAGACAACUGGAUGAAACCAAUGCUUUGCUGAGAACAGAAUCUGAUACUGCAGCCCGAUUAAGAAAAACCCAGGCAGAAAGUACAAAACAGAUUCAGCAGCUGGAAUCUAACAAUAGAGAUCUUCAAGAUAAAAAUUGUCUGCUGGAGACUGCCAAGUUAAAACUUGAAAAGGAAUUUAUCAAUCUUCAGUCAGUUCUAGAAUCUGAAAGGAGGGACCGAACCCACGGAUCAGAGAUAAUUAAUGACUUACAAGGUAGAAUAUCUGGCCUAGAAGAAGACUUAAAGAAUGGCAAAAUCUUAUUAGCAAAAGUAGAGAUGGAGAAGAGACAACUACAGGAGAGAUUUACUGAUUUGGAGAAGGAAAAGAACAACAUGGAAAUAGAUAUGACAUACCAACUAAAAGUUAUACAGCAGAGCUUAGAACAAGAAGAAGCUGAGCAUAAGGCUACAAAAGCACGGCUGGCAGAUAAAAAUAAAAUUUAUGAAUCCAUUGAAGAAGCAAAAUCAGAAGCCAUGAAAGAAAUGGAGAAAAACCUCUCAGAGGAAAGGACGUUAAAGCAGAAGGUGGAAAACCUGUUGCUGGAAGCUGAGAAGAGAUGCUCUAUAUUAGACUGUGACCUCAAACAGUCACAGCAGAAAAUAAAUGAACUCCUUAAGCAGAAAGAUGUGCUAAAUGAAGAUAUCAGAAACUUGACAUUAAAAAUAGAGCAAGAAACUCAAAAACGCUGCCUUACACAAAAUGACUUGAAGAUGCAAACACAGCAAGUUAACACACUAAAAAUGUCAGAAAAGCAGUUAAAACAGGAGAAUAAUCAUCUCAUGGAAAUGAAAAUGAGCUUGGAAAAGCAGAAUGCUGAACUUCGAAAAGAACGUCAAGAUGCAGACGGGCAAAUGAAGGAACUCCAAGAUCAGCUUGAAGCAGAGCAGUACUUCUCAACUCUCUAUAAAACACAGGUGAGAGAACUUAAAGAAGAAUGUGAAGAAAAGACUAAACUUUGUAAAGAAUUACAGCAGAAGAAACAGGAAUUCGAGGACGAAAGGGACUCCUUGGCUGCUCAGCUGGAGAUCACCUUGACCAAAGCAGAUUCUGAGCAGCUGGCUCGUUCAAUUGCUGAAGAGCAAUAUUCUGAUUUGGAAAAAGAGAAGAUCAUGAAAGAGCUUGAGAUCAAGGAGAUGAUGGCUAGACACAAGCAGGAGCUCACUGAAAAAGAUGCUACAGUCGCAUCUCUUGAAGAAACUAACAGGACACUAACUAGUGAUGUUGCCAAUCUUGCAAAUGAGAAAGAAGAAUUAAAUAACAAAUUAAAAGAUGCCCAAGAACAGCUAUCACGGUUGAAAGACGAGGAGAUAAGUGCAGCCGCUAUUAAAGCACAAUUUGAGAAGCAACUAUUAACAGAGAGAACACUGAAAACUCAAGCUGUGAACAAGCUGGCCGAGAUCAUGAAUCGAAAAGAACCUGUCAAGCGUGGUAGUGACACUGAUGUGCGGAGAAAAGAGAAAGAGAAUAGAAAGCUACACAUGGAGCUUAAAUCUGAACGUGAAAAACUGACCCAGCAGAUGAUCAAGUAUCAGAAAGAACUGAAUGAAAUGCAGGCUCAAAUAGCUGAAGAGAGCCAGAUUCGAAUUGAACUGCAGAUGGCCCUGGACAGUAAAGACAGUGACAUUGAGCAGCUGCGGUCACAGCUCCAGGCCUUGCAUAUUGGUCUGGAUAGUUCCAGUAUAGGCAGUGGACCAGGGGAUGCUGAGGCAGAUGAUGGCUUUCCAGUUCAUAUCACUCAGUCACGCACUAUGGAAUCCUUGUCAUUCACCUACCAACGUUCCUCUACUUCUCUCAAUAUUGCCACUAAGCCUUCCAGUUCUCAUAUGCUUCUUGACUCUGAUUCUGACUCAGAAGAAGAAUCUUUGCCUUACUUACCUAUUUCAUCGGAACCUGAUGGUACAGAAUCAAGACUAGAAGGAUGGCUUUCAUUGCCUGUGCGAAACAACACUAAGAAAUUUGGAUGGGUUAAAAAGUAUGUGAUUGUAAGCAGUAAGAAGAUUCUUUUCUAUGACAGUGAACAAGAUAAAGAACAAUCUAAUCCUUACAUGGUUUUAGAUAUAGACAAAUUAUUUCAUGUCCGACCAGUUACACAAACAGAUGUAUAUAGAGCAGAUGCUAAAGAAAUUCCAAGGAUAUUUCAGAUUCUGUAUGCCAAUGAAGGAGAAAGUAAGAAGGAACAAGAAUUUCCCGUGGAGCCCGUGGGAGAAAAGUCAAAUUAUAUUUGCCAUAAGGGACAUGAGUUCAUUCCUACCCUCUAUCAUUUCCCAACCAACUGUGAGGCUUGUAUGAAGCCUUUAUGGCAUAUGUUCAAACCCCCCCCUGCGUUAGAGUGCCGCCGCUGCCACAUUAAAUGUCAUAAAGAUCACAUGGACAGAAAGGAGGAGAUUAUAGCACCUUGCAAAGUGUAUUACGAUAUUUCGACGGCCAAGAACCUAUUGUUAUUGGCAAAUUCUACAGAAGAGCAGCAAAAGUGGGUUAGUCGGUUGGUGAAAAAGAUACCUAAAAAGCCUCCAGCUCCAGACCCUUUUGCACGGUCAUCUCCUAGAACUUCAAUGAAGAUACAACAAAACCAGUCUAUUAGACGGCCAAGUCGACAGCUUGCCCCAAACAAACCAAGUUCUGGCCCCGCCCUUCGAAUCAUUCUUCACUGAUUUUUUAAUACAUUUUGCAUAGCAACACUAGCUGCCUUCUGUGAAUGCAGUUGUUAUUCAAGGUGGUCAUAUUCUUCCAGUUAAAACAAGACUGAAAUAUGAUGGCCCAAAAUUUCUUAAAAAGCUAUAUUUUCCUGAGAGACUGAUACACACACACACACACACACACACAUUUCCCUUUAUUCCUGCAAUAUAAAUUAUAAAUCUUGGAGAUUUUCUGCUCUCCUUUGGAGCAACAUGUUGAACCAACAGUGAUUGGUUAAUAGAGUAAGAAUAUCAUGCAACUCUUCCAAAGUUGUUCCAUGAAGCUCUCUUGGCAGUCACUCACACUACAUUGCACAAAAGGCUUGAGAAGAGUUAAAGAAAUCAUCUUUUCAGCUUCAACAGAGAGAUUUCACCAGCACAUUCACCAGAAGAGUCUGGGAAUGGGUUCCACUACAGUGAUGGAGACUGCAUCUUUAAGAAGUGACCAUUAUACUGUGUGUGUGGGGGUGUGUGUGAGGGUGUGUAUGUAUAUAUAUGUACAUAUAUGUAUAUAUACAUACAUACCCCCACACACACCCCCACACACACAUAUACAUAGUACUGUAUUACUGCAAGAGGGUUCUUCAAAUGUCCCAUUUAUUUUUUUACAUACAGUAAUCAGAUAUCAUAACAAACUGCAGUUGCAACUAUGCACUUGUAUAAAGCCAUAACGAAGUUUGUAUCCCUCAUUUGUGUAUACCCCAUGGAAGCUGCAUGAUCAUGUUUAAGCAGUUACUGUAACAAGAAGUUUGAAGUUAAUUCUGUCAGUUUCCUAAUGCUUCAUGAUAGGCAACUUUACCCAUUUUGAAUGCCUUAAUUUAAUUUUUUUUAAUGUCUCACCUUUUUCUGUAUUUUGAACAAAAAGUGUUUACCAGCUCUUAGGAUGCAAAUUCGCUUUGCAAAAGAAAAAUAGUGCACUAUUUUUACAUGUAAUAGUUAUCAGUGUCAGACUAUCUUGAUUGUAUAACAGAAUUUUUUUUUAAGUACCCGUGAUAGAAACAAUAAUGGAUAAUAUUGGAACUAAUAUAUCUUUUAUGUUUAUUAUUCAUCCCACUCUGCUUACAGACCUCAGUAUUAGUGUAUGAGUAGGAAAUGUUUGCUUCGCUUUGAAUUUGCUGGCUACCCUAGCUGUGUUUUUAUUUCUGGCAGAGACAUUUGUGACUGUUUCUACAUUUUCACACUCAAGAUUCUAAGAUUAUCUCAAAUAUAAAGAAAACUAAGACAUACUGUAGAUAUAUUUUAAAUAUUUAAAUGUGAUCCCUCAAACACACAACUGAGUAUGGCAAUAUUUCAGCAUUGGGUUAAGAAAACUGGUGACUAGGAAGAAGUGGCCUCAGAGGCUCUUAACUUGAUUUUUAUUUUUUAAAUGAUGUUAAAGUUGUAGGUUAUGCAGGACCACUUCUGCCAUAUUUCUCAUUAUCCCAGAAAAAUGUGUUUUUUAGUGCUACAGUAUGCAUCAAUGCUAAGUUAUCAAGUUUGAAAAAAGUAUGUAGUCUUUUAUUAGUCUCUUUAUAUACAUACAGAGUUGGUGUGAUACUGAAAUACAUCAUCUAAUAUUUCAAUGAAGGAAAUAUUUUCAUUGACUCCCCUUGGGGUCAGUGUAGAAAUGGUUAAAGAGUUAGACCCCCAAAAUAUAGACACUGUUGUGGAAAUUGAACCGUGGCCUCUGGCCUGAUGGACUAAACCUGAAUCUUGUCAUUCUCACAUUGUCCCGCCUACGCUCUCUCACGCUGUCUGUGCUGAGUCCGGACACGCAUGCCAUUUCCCUCCCCGGGAUGUUCUGCGGUUCUGGCUUGGGGACACAGCUUUUGUUUUUUUGGGGUUUUGUUUUUGUUUUUGUUUUUGUUUUUUUGUUUUUAAGAUUUAAAAAUGAGAACUAUAUAAAAUUUAUAUAGAAUAAAUAUUUCCAUUCAUUAGACUUGUUAAAAGGAGACUGAAUUAAUAUUUUAUAUAAAGAUUUUGUUACACUAUGGGAGGUUCUAUCAUAUUAUUCUGAAUUGGAGAGUAUAUAUAUAUAUAUAUUUUUAAUAAACUUUAUUAAGGUGAAAUAAUUUGAAGUUUACACAUGAGUAAUUGAAAUAUUUGAGUAAAAAUGGCAAAAGUUUAAAUUUUGAAUGCUGUAUAUAUUAGAGAAUAUGGAGAAUCAUGGUGUGCUGCAACUAUACAAGGAAAAUUAAUGUGAAGUUUUUUGGGGAAAAGAAAGUAUUCUGAGGGGUGGGAAAAAAUCUCUCCCAUGGAGAUUCUUCACAUUAUAUGGUUUAACAUAAGGGUUUUUAGGUCGUUUCUCCAGCUAAUGGAAAUGCGCUUAAUAAAAAUUCUGACCUUGGGUAAGAGUUUGCUUUUUACCCUUUUGCUCAUUUCACGUACGUGCAUGAAUGCAUACCCCUAUCCAAAUGUCCUCUUCCCAGCACUCAUUAAAUACAAUAUUGACUCGGUUUAACAACCCGAUUUUGUGCCAGCUUCUCUUUUUCUUGAGGCUCCAAAGCUUCCCAGAUAAAUGCAAGACCGAAAGUUGCUUAUUUCUUCACACCUGAUUUCUCCUAGAGCCAUAAAUACCUCCUAUUGAGAACUAAGAAGUAGUGAAUACUGGGAUUUUCUUAGUUGGAUUUUGUACUUUUCUUUAGUGGGGAUAGCGAGACCGAAGUAGAAGGAAAACUGGUGCCGGUGUUACUGGUAAAAAUUAAUGUAUAGUGAGGUUUUGAAAAGUAUUAAAACGUGCUAUCUAGAAGCAAGAUUUUUUAAAAAUCUGAAAUUUGUAAAUGCCUUUAGCUAUCUAAAGGAUACCGAGAAAUCUAAAAUAAGGUGAGUGUUUUAAAAUUGACCUGUGCUGGAGUCACAAAUCUGGCUCUGAACGAUGUCUUUUGUGUCGGUUCAUCUGUAGACCUUCAAAAAGAAAUACUCUAGGUUUGCCAAACCACAGUUGAAGAAAUUUUGCUGCUGUUGUUAAUCUGUUCCCACAGGAUUCUGGUGGUAAAAUAGAGAAACUUAGACGCUGUAUUACUUUAUUGAAACAUGCUUUAAAUAACAUGUUUAGUAUUCUGUGAGAGGAAGUCACUUCUGAGUUUCUCGGUCUGUGUCGACACUGCUACUGAAUCACGUCUCCUCCCCUGGAAGAAGGCUCCAGUUUCCCUCUGGCGUGAAGACACCAUAGUUGAUUCACAAAGCACUUUGAAAAUAGGCGCUGUGUGACAGUGCUGAAUAUUAUGCUUGGGGGGCCUGUCCCUGAUUCCCUUCCCCAUAGUAAUGAGUUUUGUUUGGAAUUGUAUUAAGUUAUGAAUUGCAUGGUUUAGAUAAUCGUAAAUAUUUGAUCAGCUGUCCCCUCUGAACAAAAAUCGUACCCCCCGAUCUUUUUAAAAAAAUUUUUGUUGCAUCUUUGUAGUAAUGUAAUUGUAUUUUAUGCCUGCUUUUUAUAUUAAAAAAAUUAAAUAAAAGAAAUUAAGACCUGA